ACCAUCUUAAACCGCUACGCGCCGGCGGCGAGCCGAGGCCGGCGGUGCCGCUGCCCGCGGAGAUGGCGGGGACGAGCACGGAAGCUCGGACGUGGCUGCUGAGGCCGCCCACGGCCACGGAGCUGCUGCUGGUGGCUCUGUGCUGGCUCGGCUGCUACUGGCUGCUGCGGCGGUGGCCGCGGGCGCUGUCGGGGCUGCCGCCGGGCCCCGCGCCCUGGCCGCUCGUAGGCAACUUCGCCUUCGCCCUUCUGCCGCCUUCGCUGCUGCGCAGGUGGGCGGUGGAUGUGAAGGGCGACCGGCUCUCCCCCGCCUUCUCGCCCCACGUCUUCCUUACCGGCCUCACCAAGAUGUACGGCAGCAUCUUCCGGCUCUUCGUGGGCAGCCGCCCAUUCAUCAUCCUCAACACUUUCGGGGCGGUGCGGGAGGCGCUGGUGCAGAAGGCGGAGGUGUUCAGCGACCGGCCCUCUGUGCCCAUCGUCCUCAUGAUCACCCACCACAAGGGUGUUAUUUUUGCACCUUAUGGUCCUGUGUGGAAGCAACAGAGGAAAUUCUCUCUAUCAACACUGCGUCAUUUUGGAGUAGGGAGACACAGCUUAGAGCCUAAAAUCAUCGAGGAGCUGAACUUUGUGAAGGAGGAGAUGCUGAAGCACGGCAAGGAUUCCUUUAAUCCCUUCCCGAUCAUUCGCAACGCGGUGUCCAAUGUUAUCUGCUCCAUGGCCUUUGGCAAGCGCUUUAACUACGAGGAUGCUGAGUUCAAGACGAUGCUGAAGAACAUGGCCCGUGCCCUGGAGCUGAGUGUCAACAGCUACAUGAUCCUGGUCAACAUCUGCCCCUGGCUCUACUACCUUCCCUUUGGGCCCUUCCGCGAGCUCCGGCAAACCGAGCUGGACAUCACUGCUUUUCUGAAGAGAAUAAUUGCCCAGCACAGGGACACACUGGAUGCAGCAAAUCCCAGGGACUUCAUUGAUAUGUACUUCAUCCAUGCCGAGGAAGAGAAGAACAACAAGGAGAGCAGUUUUAAUGACGAUUACCUGUUUUUUAUCAUUGGGGAUCUCUUCAUCGCCGGCACUGAUACAACUUCCAACACAUUGCUGUGGUGUCUGCUCUACAUGUCUCUUUACCCUGAAGUACAAGAGAAAGUCCAUGCAGAAAUCGAAGCAGUUCUGGGACGUGACAAAGUUCCCUCUCUUGCUCACAAGGCUCAAAUGCCCUUCACAGAGGCAACCAUUAUGGAAGUGCAGAGGAUGACUGCAGUCGUUCCCCUUUCCAUUCCUCGAAUGGCCUCAGAAACUGCUGUGCUCCAGGGAUAUACUAUUCCUAAGGGUAGUGUGAUUGUGCCCAACCUGUGGUCGGUACACAGAGAUCCAAACAUUUGGGAGAAGCCAGAUGAAUUUCAACCAUCAAGAUUUCUGGAUGAAAAUGGCCAGCUAAUAAAGAAAGAGUCAUUCAUUCCUUUUGGAAUGGGUAAACGUGUGUGCAUGGGAGAGCAGUUGGCAAAAAUGGAGCUGUUCUUGAUUUUUUCAAGUCUUAUGCAAAGUUUUACCUUUAUGUACCCUGAAAAUGCUGCAAAACCAUCUAUGGAGGGAAGGUUUGGUCUAACUUUAGCUCCAUGUCCAUUCAACAUAAUAGCUUUGAAGAAAUGAUGCAGUGUCAAAAAAGAUUAAGCAAAGAAAUACUGCACUUUUAAAAUACAGCUUUUUUUUUUUCUUUUUUUUUCUUUCUUUUUUUUUUUUUAUUAUUAUUAUUAUUUCCAGCUUAUUUUGUUACUUUCUUUCCAGAAAAUAACCCCAACUGCUUAGGCCUUCCUAGUCAGUGAGAAUGAUCCAUUUAGCCUUCUGGAAAGAUUUUUUUUUGUCAGCUGUUGCAUUCCACAAAUGAACUGACAGCAUAGUUUUUAAUUUGAUAUUAAAACUUGGUGGGCUUAACCUCUGCCUAUUAUGGUCAGUUUAUCAAAUGUUGAUUAUGGGAGAAUGGUCCAAAACAUUUGUUACUGUUCUGGCAAAUAGUAAUUGUGAAAAAUUGUGAAAGCCACACAUAAACAUUUCAUUUACCAAAGGAGUGAAGCACAUCAUGUAAUAUUAAAAAUAUUAAUGAAUUGUUAGCAUUUUCUGUGAAAAGAAAGAUUGUAACUGAGCUUAAAUAAUUACUUAUACUUUUUGGAAAUUACAAAAUUACAUUACUUUUAACUUUGGAGGAUUGUUUUUUUCAGCUAACUUAUAGAUGUAGUAGAUUGGAUCCAAAUAUCCUUGAGAUUCAGGGCUCACUAUAAAAAAGCAGCUACCAAGUUGGAAAAGCCAGGAUUUGAGGCCAAAGGAAUCCUUGAAUAUGCCAUAUUCUCAACAUGGAAUGAGUGUGCAGCAUCAGGAUGCAGAUGUUUUCUGUCAGAAUGCAAACAAGAGCGGACUUCUCUAAGAAGAAAGAGCAGAACUCCAUUCUCUCUGGUGCCAAACAUAUUCAAGCCAUCUGUGCUGCCUGUGGCAUUCAUUGUUUACCUCAUGGCAGCACUGGCUGCAAGCUGGAGGGGACCAGCAGCAGCUCACUGGGGAAAGCACUACAGUCUGCAGUGUACUGAAGUCCUGAAGUCAGGGCUGGUGCUCAGGUUGUUCAUCCACAGGCAGCGUGGAUAGUACUUCCCUCUGGCUUUGGGAACUGGAGACUUCAAAUAUGGCAUCACUACAGGUGCUGCUUAUGCAUUUACCAGGAACAGGAGGAUGGGUCUCUCUUUAUUAUCUUCCAUAUAGAGUAAAAGAAUCUGUAGUUCAUGCAGCAUUAGUGUAUCAGUACUUUUUUCACAUGCAGAAUCUUAAUGCUCCUAACCACUGUCAAACCAGCUGCUGAGGAAACCUCAUGUUAAUUGUUUCAGAACAGGACACUCAGUCUUGCCUUGUAUUUCAGACGUGGAAAGUGAUCUUUUGGGGGGCUAUGUAACAACUAACCUUUAAAUAGUUGUUCUUAAUCCUUCUUUAAUUUCUCUACACUCCUUUUGAUCUAUCAGAAUUUCAUAUCACAUUAAUUAAGUUCUUAUGUACUCUUCUAAAGAUUUUUUUCCCAUCACUGGAGAUGUAGAAAAUACUUGGAGUCCUCCUAAUGUCAAGUUUCCAAGACUAGAAUGUGAAUUUGAAUGUAAUUUGGAAUUGGGUAUUCCACAGCAGAAACAAAACUUAAAUUGUAGAAGAGACAACUUUUCAGCUUUAAAUUAAUGUCUGGUUUUGUCACUUUUAACCUUGAAGUUUUAAAAGCCAGGUAGUGCCUAACAAAGACUGUAAGAUAGUUAUUUUGCAUUUAAAUUAAGGUUUUCUGUUACCUGUUUUGAAUAACAGAGUGCCUUAAUUUUUGAAUUAUGUAUUUGGUUGGUGAGGUAUCCCACUGUUUCUGUGAGAACUUUCAAUGCCUUUCAAUUUAAUUAGGUUGACUUUGGACUAUAUAGGCUUGUGGGUUUGGUUUUUUGGUAUGAAGUUUUUGAAAACUUAGUACAAUAAAAAGUUGAUUUUGGUACCAAUGCUAAUGAAUGUACUCUAAAACCUGAGAGUACUUGAGAAUUAAGCACUUUAUUUAAUUUAAUUUUGUAUUUUCCAAUGAAUAAAUAGAUUCUAUAGGGUUGGGAUUUUUGUCUGGAAAUCUUAAAAUUAUGCUUAAUUGAGAAGCUAAAAUUAAGUGCUGAUAAUAUUUAUCUUUCUGUUGAAAUGCCUCUUUAAACAACAUAAUGAUGUUGGUGUGCAACUGAUCACUUUUACAAAAUACCUGUCCUUUUAAUCAAUGAAGACACAUUUGAAAAGCACUUUAGUAUUUUUUUACAGAUUCCAAAGAAGAUGCAAUUCACAUAAUCCCCUGGUAUGUGAAACUGUACAUAUUUGUGCUUGUUUUGCCUGCUGAGUUUAGUUUAAAAUGUCACCUUUGAGAAUUAGCCUUCUACAAAUACUACUUUGAGAAUGUGGGUUUUGGUGGUACCUGUGAUCAAAUGCUGCAAUGUGCCACAUGCUAAAACUGCUGACUGGAAGUUCCAACCACUUCAAAGUGUGCUAGAAUACAGGAUGCUGUUGGAGUAAAAAAAGACAAUAAAUACCUGUCUUUCAUACCUUCCAGGUGCAUUGAAAUUUUCACAGGAUACCGUAACAGUAGCUCAACAAUAGCAUAAAAGCAGCAAAAUCUGUAGUUUUCAAAGUGUGUUGCCAUCUUUGGCCGACUGAAAAGAGUGGUAGCAAAGUUGGUUUGUUUUUGUAAAUGUAUCCUCCCCCUCUCCUUUUUUUAGCAGAGGAAGCAUCUCAAAUGCCUUGUUGAAAAAUGUAUGCCCAGAUAAGUGGGUGACUGUUUCUGAAGGCUGAAAAUAUCUUUAUUUCUAAAAUUUCUUUGCUUCAAUGUAUUUUUAUUUUUAAUAAAGUAAUUCCCAAGUAAGUGUUUCACA